UCUUUGCAAUGUUAGGGAUCUUAUCUAUGCAUGAACAGCUUGAAGCACUCCACAGAGAAAGGAAAACUUGAAAUUGCAUCAUAUGACCCCUAGUAUUGAGAAAAAAAUUAAGAUUUAAAAUUUGAUUGUUGUAGAUAGCAUUAACAUCGAUGACAAAUUGUGAAAUAAUGAAUGCUUGCUUGUUGACUAGUGUGGAGCUCGGAGGAGUGUUUCAUCGCCAGUGUCUGACAUGCAACCUGUUUGAGCGAUGCAGCGUCUUCAAAGCAGACUUCAGCCCCAAUCAGACAUACUUUACUCUCUAUUGCUUGGGCCCAGGUGUCCCAAAGGUGACCAUUCACAGCACAAGUGACCCUUCCAGAUACACAGUGGUGGAAGACAACAGCCUCCUCGCUAUGUCUCUUGAAACCAAGAGGCUCUCUGAGACAGUUUUCCAGACGCUUUCCUCUGACAACAGUGACCUAGAUCUAAAGAUGUCCCUGCCUCCUGGGUACGGAGGAAACCUGCAUCCUCUCCUUAUUAUCAUUGACAGUAUUCCCGGGAGGCAGUCGGUAACGGAGGAGUUUGCCCUGGGCUGGCCGGAGGUUUUAUCCAGCCUGCAUGGAGUGGCGCUGGCUUGGAUCGACAGCAGAAGCUGGGUCUCACAGGGACAGAAAGGCAGCAUCCUGGACCCUCGCAAGCUCAGUUCCCUCCGCAUUAAAGAUAAGCUUGGAGUCGUGGAAUGGUUAAUGCAGUUGCCAUACAUUGAUGGGAGAAGAGUUGCUGUUUAUGGAAAGGGACUUGGUGGCUAUUUAGGUUUGAAGAUGCUGACAGCAACCAAUCAGAUGUUCAAAUGUGCUGCUGUCAUGGCUCCCAUCACAGACUUCAAGCUCUAUAGUGCUGCCUUCUCAGAAAGAUAUCUGGGCCUUCCAAAUAAAGAGGAUCAUUCAUACAUGGCUGCAUCUUUGUUGGACGACAUUCACAAGCUAAAGAAUGAAAACUUCCUCCUCAUACACGGGACUGCAGAUGCACGGGUACAUUUCCAACACAGCGCUGAGUUGUUGAGUCGUCUGGUGAAGGUAGAGGCCAACUACAGCCUUCAGCUGUACCCAGACGAAGGCCAUACUUUAAGAGAAGAGCGGAGCAUCCAACACCUCCACCGCACACUCCUUCACUACCUCCACAACUGCCUCGAAUACGACCCCUUCCACAGCAUAGAGGAGGAAGAGGAGGAGGAUGAAGAGGAAGAGUGAUCUCUUCCACUGUGUCCGCUCUCGGUCCUCAGAGGUGCCCAGUACUGGUGGAUGCAUUAAUUCUCCUAAGGAAAAAUGAGCAAAAUGGAGAUCAAGAGGACCGAAUUCACCAGCUAUUUACCAUAAACUCAAUUUUGGAAAGGUUUUUUUUUUUUUUUUUUUCAGACUGCAAUCGUAAACGUUUCCCGAGCGUCCAGGAAGAUCCAACAGAACUGCUUUGGUUCAUACACUUUUCAAGUAAAUCAUACACAGAAUAAUGACUAAGGGCCCCAUGCAAUCAACAUAUUUAGGCAGUUUAUGUGUACAAUGGGCAAAAGAUGAUCAACCUUUAUGUUGCAGCGCCACACUGAGGUCAAAGAUGGAUAUUUCAAGACAUGGUUUGCGGAUUGUGAAAGUUGAAAAUACUAGUGGUUUUCCUGAUUCAGUGUUAUCGUUUACUAUUUGUUUAACUAUUACUAUACUAUAACAAUUCACUGUUAAUUGAAAUAAAUCUGCAAUCAAAUAUAAAUAUUAGAUUAUUAAUCUUGAGUGAAAAUGAGAAAUGUUGCCUUGCAAAUUAAUGUAAAUAAAAUAGUUUUAAAAUGACUAAA